UCUCUCUCUCUCUCUCUCUCUCUCUCUGAGGCUUUUCGCGUUCUUCUUCUUUAAAGGUCUAUAAAAAUUGAAUACCACUCAUUGACUUUGCCACAACGUUUUCGUGUGUGGCUCUCUUCUUCAAAAUUGGGUGAAACAUGUCGGACGAGGAGCAUCACUUCGAGUCAAGCGACGCAGGAGCUUCAAAGACGUAUCCUCAGCAAGCUGGUAACAUCCGUAAGGGUGGUUACAUCGUCAUCAAGGGCCGUCCCUGCAAGGUGGUUGAGGUUUCCACUUCCAAGACUGGAAAGCACGGUCACGCCAAGUGUCACUUUGUUGCUAUCGAUAUUUUCACUUCUAAGAAGCUCGAAGAUAUUGUUCCUUCUUCCCACAAUUGUGAUGUUCCACAUGUGAACCGUGUUGACUAUCAGUUGAUUGAUAUCUCUGAAGAUGGCUUUGUCAGCCUUCUUACUGACAAUGGUAGCACUAAGGAUGAUCUCAAGCUCCCAACUGAUGAAGCUCUACUCACACAGCUCAAGUCUGGAUUUGAAGAGGGAAAGGAUAUAGUUGUGUCUGUCAUGUCUGCAAUGGGAGAGGAGCAGAUGUGUGCCCUGAAGGAAGUUGCUCCCAAGUAAUAAUAAUAAUAAUAAAGUGAUCAUUCUCCUCUGCUCUACUUGUACAGAGGAUACUAUCAUUAUCAGUUUGACAGAGUCAAAUGUUUAUAAGAAAAAGUUUGGUCUUUUCUUCUUCUUAUUCUUCGUAAUAAUAAUUUAAAGCCCAAUGUUUCAUGCAAAGACACCUUAUUUAUCUUACUAUUUGGUUUUUGUUGUGGAGAA